GCUAAAAGAGGACUUACCUGCUUAUUCUCGCUAGCGCAACUUGCGGUGUAUUAUGUGAUUCUAUAAAUAUUAAUUAUAAAUGGUUAUAAAUUACAUUAUAAUACUGCUAUAAAACAGGUGCAAUAAAAAGUGUAAAUAUUCAAAUUCAAUUUAGAUACUUUUGCUAUGAAGUGACAAGUUUUUUUUUUAUUUAAUAAUAAUAAACCGGUUUUACCUUGUGCGUUUCUACAAAUAUAUUUGCUUCCAACUAAGGAAAAAUAGUCAGUGGAUAACUAACUUUAAGUCACAAAAUGUAUAUCAAACUAAUUGUUUACUGUAAUUUAUUAAUAUUAACAGUGUUUGCUGGCGAAGUUGAUGACAAAUGUACACCCAAUGCAGCAAUUAAAGAAGGAACUUGUAAACUGAUAACUGAUUGUGAGGUCGCUCUGAGGUCAAUUAAAAAGAACCAAGGUCAUCCUUAUGCCAGAUGCGGUUUUAGCAAGACAUUUGAGAUAGUCUGUUGUCCGAAUGAAGUGGAUUUACAACCUGCGGUCACAGUAAACCCUUUUAAAAGAACUACCUCAGUAAAACCAGAGGAUAAAUUUGGUGAAGUAGACACCAGAACAGUGAGAGUAGCUGAUGAGGCCUGCAAACAAAUCAUCAAGAAUCGUCUUCCUCCUCUCGGCUUGCAUAUAAUCGGUGGCAUUGAGGCUUCUCCUGGGGAAUUCCCACAUAUGGUGGCUUUAGGGUACGGUGGACCGGAUGUGUAUGAGUUCAAUUGUGGUGCUUCGCUGUUGUCAGAGCUGUAUGCAUUAACAGCAGCGCAUUGCGUCGACACGCUCACUCAAAUUAAACCAACUAUAGCCCGUAUGGGUGUCGUUGAACUCGGUGCGACGACAUUUAAUCCGAACACAGACUACAGGGUAGCAGAUAUAUUGAUACAUCCUGAUUACUUGAGACGCACUAAAUAUCAUGAUUUAUCAUUAGUAAGGAUGGAAAGACCGGCUGAGUUUGGUGUGAAUAUCGGCCCAAUAUGUUUGUAUACAAAUUUGCAAGAUCCAACAACAUCACUAACUGUUACUGGCUGGGGAAAAACCAGUAUCACAAAGGAGGACAAGAGUGAGGUUUUGCUGAAAGCUAAUGUCACUGUUGUGGCAAGAAGUAAAUGUGGUCAAUCUUAUUCCAACUGGCGGAAGUUGCCUAGUGGCAUCUUGAAUGAACAAAUAUGUGCUGGAGAUCCACAGGGACUGAGGGAUACAUGUCAGGGUGAUUCUGGCGGUCCAUUACAAGGUUUGGAUGACCAUGACGGCCAGUACCGUCUAGUGGGUGUGACGUCAUUCGGCCGUGGUUGUGGGUCACCAGUGCCAGGGGUCUACACACGUGUUGCACACUACCUUGACUGGAUAGAAAGUGUAGUAUGGCCGCGUGGUUUAGACACAUGGUCUAAUUAAAGGUUAAGCAUUGGAACAAAUGGAUUAUGCGUAAUAUAGCGACCAGCUCAUUCAAAUAAUUAGAUCAAACUAUGCUAAUAAAUAAACAAAACAUGAUUUAA